AGAAAGGGCGCCGAAGGAUGAGCGCCAGGAAAGGAAGCAAGUGAGGGUACCCCCGAGGCGGACGCCCUGGGAGGCUACAUUCGCAUUGGAGAAUAGCCUAGAAAGUGGGUGUUUGAGGACGUAGCCUCUGGUUUACAGUAAUUUUUAUACCCCCGGGAACUUGCGUGUUACUUAUGUGGGCGCCAGAGAAUUGGGUACUGAACGUGGGUGCGUGUUGGUAUCGCGCUGUCCCAAAGACUGGAACCUUCAAUGCAUUCUAGAAUUUUAAAGAUGUUUUCCAGCGCUUCUCCUCUCCACGUAGUUUAUGAACGCAUAAUCCCCCAACUUUUCUUCCACGAGGGCUUAGUGUGAACUAGUGUAAGGUUUUUGUGGUGGUAAUGAGAUGUUUAAUCUUACAAAUGAAUUCUUCUACCUUAUUAUAGACAAUCGGAAUUGUUACCAAGGGUUUGCAGUUUUUAUGUUCCAGUUUGUCUUAUUCUCAAAAUUGCAUUUCCGUCGAGAGUUGUGUCUUGAAUCCUCCUGUUCCUUCAGCUAGAUAAAAAUGGUGGGAAUGGCAAACAAGUACACCUUGGGUAGAUACCCCACAGGAGCCUGCUUUGCACGUGAUCUGCAUAAUGAGGCUUGGUGUGUGCCUUGCCUAGUUUCACUUGAUACUCUUCAGGAAUUAUGUAGAAAAGAAAAGCUCACAUGUAAAUCGAUUGGAAUCACCAAAAGGAAUCUAAACAAUUAUGAGGUGGAAUACUUGUGUGACUACAAGGUAGUAAAGGAUAUGGAAUAUUAUCUUGUAAAAUGGAAAGGAUGGCCAGAUUCUACAAAUACUUGGGAACCUUUGCAAAAUCUCAAGUGCCCAUUACUACUUCAGCAAUUCCUUAAUGACAAGCGUAAUUAUUUAUCUCAGGUAAAGAAAGGCAGAGCAAUAACUCUAAAAGACAAUAACAAAGCUUUGAAACCUGCCAUUGCUGAAUACAUUGUAAAGAAGGCUAAACAAAGGAUAGCUCUGCAGAGAUGGCAAGAUGAACUCAACAGAAAAAAGAAUCAUAAAGGAAUGAUUUUUGUUGAAAAUACUGUUGACUUAGAGGGCCCACCUUCAGACUUCUACUACGUUAAUGAAUACAAACCAGCUCCUGGAAUCAGCUUAGUAAAUGAAGCUACAUUUGGUUGUUCGUGCACAGAUUGCUUCUUUGAGAAAUGUUGUCCUGCUGAAGCUGGAGUUCUUUUGGCUUAUAAUAAAAACCGACAAAUUAAAAUCCCACCUGGUACCCCCAUUUAUGAAUGCAACUCAAGGUGUCAAUGUGGACCUGAUUGUCCCAAUAGGAUUGUACAAAAAGGCACACAGUAUUCACUUUGCAUCUUUCGAACUAGCAAUGGCUGUGGCUGGGGUGUAAAAACCCUUGUGAAGAUUAAAAGAAUGAGUUUUGUCAUGGAAUAUGUUGGAGAGGUAAUCACAAGUGAAGAAGCUGAAAGACGGGGGCAGUUAUAUGACAACAAAGGAAUCACAUAUCUCUUUGAUCUGGACUAUGAAUCUGAUGAAUUCACAGUGGAUGCAGCUCGAUAUGGAAAUGUGUCUCAUUUUGUGAAUCACAGUUGUGACCCAAAUCUUCAGGUGUUCAAUGUUUUCAUUGAUAACCUCGAUACUCGUCUUCCCCGAAUAGCAUUAUUUUCCACGAGAACCAUAAAUGCCGGAGAAGAGCUCACUUUUGAUUAUCAGAUGAAAGGUUCUGGAGAUAUAUCUUCAGAUUCUAUUGACCACAGCCCAGCCAAAAAGAGGGUCAGAACUGUGUGCAAAUGUGGAGCUGUGACUUGCAGAGGUUACCUCAACUGAAUUUUCAGGAAAUAGAGCUGAUGAUAAUUGUAGUUUUCUUUUUUUCUAAUAUUAAUAUUUAAAAAAUAAGUAUUUGGGACUCUUUUCAUACUAUCAAGAUUAUACACUACGUUAAUUUAAAUUCAUGUUUCAAACUAUGGGCCACAUGUAUUAGUGAUGCUUCUGAAGAGAGGAAUAGAGUCACAAAGACUAAUGUGAAACAUACAUAUUUACUAGUUAGAUACCAAACGUGAAAGGAAAACCAUUUACAGAUCAGCAUAUACAUACUAAAGAAGUCUAUGUGAAUAGAGAAAUGCCUCCUUCAGAGUUUGUGUUAAACUGAUAAUGUAACAGUUGCUAAGACCCAACAUUCAACUUGCCAUACACCUUGAAUUUAGAGAGAGUUAAUUCAAUUUGGGCAAAUAUACAAGUUCUAUUUUUGUUACUGCCAUUCCUGUGUACCUACUUACUACUCACUGUACUUGUAUUUGAGAUAAACAGGUGAUACUGAAUUAUACUCUAUUUUCUACUUCUUUCAUUAAAACAUUGGGAUCUUGAUACAGAAAUUUAAAGUCUUAAAUUAAAUGUUGAAAAAAUUAAUUACAGCUUGAUUUCAUAUUUUGAAGCAAUCUAGACCAUUAUGAUGAAUGUAUGUCUGAACCAGUAAUUCUUAAAGAUUUUUUAAUUCCGUAGAAGGAAAAUCUCCAAAAUGCUCUAAAAGUUUAGAAUAUGCUUCUCUGAAACGGUGGGGAGGUGGGACCAGGAAGGUUUUCUGGAGUGCCGGGCAGGGGAAAUGAAGCAUCAUAAGGGCCCCUCGUGAAUAUGAAUUAGAGCCACACAGUGCCUCUGGUCUGAACAGUGAGACAAGACACCCCUGAGAGCAGCUGUACCUAAUGAUAAGUUUUCACACAGUACACUAACAUAACAGCUUCUGAAUUUCAGGCAGUUUUAACAUUUCCUUUCCAUCAAAUUAAAUUAUUUUUGUAUUUCCUGCAGGCUCUUCUUAAAAAGUAAUCUGUAUUUUGAAUGGAUACUUAUUUUAUACAUGAAUUUUUUUAAAUGUGAUAAAGCUAAACCUGGCUUGGCCAAAAUAUGUGCCUAAAUUUAUGAAACCAUUUAUUACUUGAACUAUGAAGACUGAAAUGGAAUAUAUUCAUUGUUUUUUUUUCUUUUUUAUGCUGUAUAGUAAAACCUCAAUUGGGAAAAACUGUUUUCAUCUCUUUCUGAUUCUGGGAUUUCUAAUUAUGGUGUCCAACGUGAAGGUAAAUGAAGCAAGUAAAUGUACCUUUCAGUAUGCCGAAUUAACGUCUACCUACGCUCAGUGCCCCAGGCUUUAAUGACCAACAAUAAGAGUGGGUAAACUUGAACUGACUUCAAGAAUGCAGCACUCAGAUAUCUUCUUAAUCUUUAACCUCUCUUUUUUUGGAAGAAGCUACACUUUAUAAUUCAUUAUAUUGCUACCAUGUGACUUUCCUGUUUUAUAGGGUAAAUUGUUUACAUGUUUGAGCCUCAGAGUAUAUCUGCUAAUCGAAAUCUGCAGGUGUCAAGGAAAAAUACAUUUUUUAGUCCAUUUCUUAUGUUUUGUUUAUGGAAAAAAUACAUUGUGUGGUAAGAAAGUGUCACAGAUUUACAGGUUGCUCCGGUGGCCAAGAUUAUUUUGCAUAAUUUUUUCACAGGUUUAAAGAUGUAAUGUCAACAUUCUUUUUAUAAAAAAAUCAGUGUUUUACCGUCUAGUAAUUUGAUCUUUUCUACUUUUUGUGUUAAAAUAUGUAAACUGGAGGGCAAAGGGAAACUGGCUGUUUUCAGUAAACUUUAUCCUUAUUAAUAGAAA